AUGUCGACCGUUGAUUCCCACUCGCCACCCCUUGCAGGUCGCACAGAGAGCGCGCCUCUGUUGGGAGAAGACUUCGCCACGGUGAAUGCGUUCAACAAGCGCCGACUAUCGUGGCACAUUUUGCUGCUCAUAUGUGUCUCAGUCGUCGCGUCUGACUUUGGGAACUAUCUCUCCUAUGCACCCAGCAUCGAAAUCUAUGAGUCUAUCAUUUGUGAGCAGCUUUAUGGCGGUCGACUUGCCCAAGGCUUCUCCGUAGUUGAAAGACUGCUUUGCAAAGCCCCUGAUGUACAGAACGAGCUUGCAACCAUCAACUCGUGGAAAGAUACCUUCGACCAGCUGCCUGGUAUAUUGCUGGCCGUGCCUUAUGGUUUGAUGGCCGACCGGGUCGGACGCAAACCAGUCUUGCUGCUAAGUCUUACGGGCCUCAUUUUUGAGGAGACUUUCAUAAGAUUGGUAUGCUGGGAGAAUAAGAUUAUUCCGUUGCGAGCAAUAUGGGCGGCGCCAGUCUUCCAGCUCAUUGGCGGAGGGCCUCAGAUUGCGACCUCCAUGGCAUACGUGAUGAUUACCGAUAUAUUCCCUGCGGACAAGCGAGCUUCCGUGUUUUUCAUCAUGGGUGCUGCCAUUCUCCUAGGCGAGAUAUUCGCUACUCCUCUCAGCGCUUUCUUGAUGUCAUGGAGCCCAUGGAUACCAUCACUAUCCGGCUUGGCCAUCCAGAUACUCGGGUUCUUCGCCGCGACAAUUGUGCCCGAGACACUUCCAGAGCAGUCUGGACUAGUCCAUCGAACGCCUCCAACGACUGAUCGGGACGACGACGCGCCAAAUGAGAAUACCCGACAGCAGCAUGGCACACGCAACUGGUCCUCCAUGCGGGAGACUGUCACAAGAGUCUUGCCAGAUGCAAACAUGACAUUCAUCUUGAUCUCGUUCCUCUUUGCCAGUAUCGGGAGACAGGCUGUCCAGUUCAUCUUACAGUAUGCCUCGUUGAGAUUCCAGUGGACUUUUGCGAGGGCUAGUGCCCUAAUCACCAUCAAAGGCUUGGUAACUUUUGUCGCACUAUUGAUGGUGCUUCCUAAGAUUUCGACACUGCUCAGCAAUCGCACCUCUGCCGAGAGGAGCGAUUUUCUGAUUGUGCAGGGAAGCGUUUGGCUCCUCUUCGUUGGUUCAAUACUUAUGGCUCUGGCUGCUCGGCCCGCUCUGUUCAUCAUUGGUGUUAUCUUACUUGGGUCAGGAUGGGGCUUUUAUUCUGCUCUUCGAAGCUUGGCUGCUUCCUUGGUGCUUCCCAACCGAAUCGGAGUCGUCAAUACAUCCAUCGGCCUGUCACAGAGUGUCGGCACCAUGAUCGCCGGUCCCCUCUUUGCUACAGCGUUCAGAUAUAGUACCGGUCUGAUUGGCGUUUGGCAAGGUCUCUGUUAUUUGGUUGCCGCUACGCUGUUUUUAAGUGCGGCUUGUACUAUCUAUUUUGUACAACUCCCACGUCUAUAUACACGGUCAUGA